CGCGCGAUAAAAGUAUCAUAAGACCAAUUAGAUGUUUGACCUGAUAGGCUGAGAGAUCAAGAGAGCGCGAGUUGUAAUCGUUGUCUUUAUGUGGCAUUUCUGGUGACAUUUCAUGAGGAGAAAUAAAUUGUAGCUAACGGGGGCUGGGGGGAAGGCUUGCACGCGCCCCCUUUGCUUCAUAUAAACUGGUGAUAAAUACAAAGGUGAGACGGUUUGUCUCUUUGCUGGUAACGUGACGCUGCUCCAGAAAGCCCCAGACAGGCACGAGAGCCGUGUGUGAAGUGAGUAACCGCUGGUGAUUACUUCUCGCAGCUGAUGGAGGAGCCCCGGGGAGACGCCGCCGCCGGGUUGUCCGCGCGUUUUCGUCCAGCGAACUGCCUGGCGCGCGAGGCGGCACACGAGCGCACUUGAACUUGGUCCCGAGCACGCGAUACCCCGUGCACCGGGUUGCACGCGCAUAUAGAGCGCCUUUCGUCGACGCGAAGUAGCCUCCAAACACCAUAGGAAACGGGGAAACAUUGGACCUCAGCUUGUUGGAAGAAAAGGAGGAGGUGUCACGUCUGUCCGCCUGGUCUCUCUCUCUCUCUCUCUCUCUCUCUCUCUCUCUCUCUCUGUCUCUCUCUCUCUCUCUGUUUCUCUCUCUCUCGUCUGUGUGUGUGUGUGUGUGUGUGUGUGUGUAUGUGUCUCUCAAUCAGCGAGGCUAGUGCCGCCGGAGCCAAGAGUUGCCGUUCCGCGCACCAGUGCCAAAACGCACAGGAGGAGUCGGUGCCAAAGGGUCAUUUAGCGCACCACUGCUGAGAUGGAAGGACUGUAGGGAGCACACAGAGUAAACAGCUGCUAUUUGGCCCCCACAAAUACGGCGAUCAGAGGCUUUUAAGAGGAAAAAUCUUUAAAGAAUAAUAAUAAUAAAAUAUAGCCUACAUAUAUCUAAAAAAAAAAACGGGCGAUUUUCUAUCAGCACGGUCGUUGCAGAGGUUGGAAAGUCCAGGAAUUUUUUUUCCAAUUAUUAUUCCUUUUCUUUUUUUUCUUUUCAAUCUGCAAACAAACGCCACACUUCUCCCAACGUGCUUUCAGCGAUCCAUCGCAACAACAACAACAAAAAAAGAGGGAAAGAAAGAAAAGAAAACAAAAGGAAGCGCGGCUUUGGCUUCCUCCCCCUCUACCCGAUCCAGGUGUUGCGUCCACGGCGGGACUCCGGCGCGGAUCUUCCGACAGUCAGCGCUGCCGCUCCGGCUCCUUAACGCGCAUCAAAAGUUUACACCUUCAGAGACUGUCGACGGGCCGGCGAUAAGAGCGCGCGAUCGGAGGGAGCGCGGAAGAGAGAGAGAGGAUAGGGAGAGAGAGAGAAAGAGAGAGCUGCUCACCGACACCACGGUUCAAGCCGACUCCAAGUGCCGUUCACCGGGCGAUGCCAGAGUAAAUGCCGGGGCAAUGUCCCGCCGCAAGCAGGUGAACCCGCAGCACUUAUCGUUGACGCACAGGGAGACGGUCCAAGCGGAGGUCAACCAUGACUCAGGCGCUCGAUCUCCCUCUCCGGAGCCGUCCACCCCGAGUCCUCGGAGGAUGGGGCCCGGGGAGCACGAUCUCUUGACCUGCGGCCAGUGUCAGACCAACUUCCCCCUCGGCGACAUCCUCGUUUUCAUCGAGCACAAGCGGCGGCUGUGCAGGGGGCCCGGCGGCGGCGGGCCCGGCGCCUUCUCCAAGCCCGGCGAGGCCGGCGGGAUCAUGGGCAUUUCCGUCUCGCCCCGGGCCCGCUCCCUGGAGCUCGGCAGAGGAGGUUCGCUUCCGGUGGAGGUGGGCGUCCAGGUGACCCCCGGAGGGGAGGAAGACGAGCACAGGAGGCUGACCCCAGCCAAAGGAAUCUGCCCCAAACAGGAGAAAGGAGAUAAAGAUGAACCAUCCAGCUAUAUCUGUACUACCUGCAAGCAGACCUUCAACAGCGCCUGGUUCCUGCUUCAGCAUGCCCAGCACACUCAUGGCAUCCGCAUCUAUCUCGACAACCAUCUGGCCAACUGCUCCCUCACUCCCCGCAUGGCUCUGCCUCCUCCCCCAGGAGCCGAUGCCUUGCCUCGCUCCCCUCUUCCUACUUUCCUUGGCGACACCAACAACCCAUUUCACCUCCUCCGCAUGGCUGCGCCCUUGCUCAGGGAACAUCCCCACCCUCCAGGGUACAUGGAGACCCGCCUUCCUGCGACGCCACCCUUUGUCAGCCCUCCGCCUCCCCCUAGGCCACCUCUAGAGCGACUGGGCCCAGAGGAAAUGGGGCUGCUGUCACAGCACCCCAGUGCCUUUGAGAGGGUGAUGCGAAUGACCCCUAUGGAGCCCCCUUCCAUGGACUUCUCCCGUCGACUGAGAGAACUUGCGGGCAACACAACCAAUAACGGCGGGCCCACACCUCCUCUGUCACCAAACCGCGUGCCACCCAUGCACCGCCUGCUGAGUCCAACGCUUUUUCAGCCUGGUGCCAAGCCCCCAACAUUUCUCACCUAUGCCCCACAGCCACCUGUAUCCCAGGGGGGCCUCGGCUCCUCCAGCCCUCCAGACGCACAAGGUCAGAAUAAUGCCCCUGGAAAGUCGAAAUCUUGCGAGUUCUGUGGCAAGAUCUUCAAGUUUCAGAGCAACCUAAUUGUCCACAGACGCAGUCACACAGGAGAGAGGCCCUACAAGUGUCAUCUGUGUGAUCAUGCCUGCUCCCAGGCCAGCAAACUUAAAAGGCACAUGAAAACACAUAUGCACAACAAGUCUGGGAACCUGACGGGCUCUCCAGAACAGGGGAGUCGGGGAGACGAAGGAGAAGGUGACGGAAAAAAUCGAGAGGGCGAAGCGCGGGUUAUGGAGAUGGAGAAUGAGGAAGAAGAGGAAGAGGAGGAAGAAGAGGAGGAGGAAGAGGAGGAGGAGGAAGAGCUAAGGAAUGGGAGUCGACCAGACUCCAACCUGAGUGAUGACUCCCAGGAAUUCAGUCACAACAGAGAAAAUGGUCCCAGACAGUCCCCUGAGGAAAAACCCAUGAGUGGGGACAGAGUUAAUAACAAUGGCGGGGUGGGCAUGAUGCAUCCAUACAACCACCUGGACAAUCACCUUAGACUUAACCCUAACAAGAGAAGCUUGGAGAGGCAACCCAAUGGAGACAGUGGGGAGAGGAAUGAAGCUGAGAGAGAAAAUGACAGGGAACCAAACAGAGAGCGAGAGGAGCAAGAGGAUAUUAGGCCCAUGAUGAAUGGCAGGAUCAGUGUAAGUGAAGUGGAGACCUUUCCUGGGCUUUUUCAACGUAGGCCCACUCCCAUCACCAGCCCGAGCCCCUCCAACAACAAGAGGAUCAAGAUAGAGAAAGAACAGUUGGAUAUUCCUCCAACCAUACCCCUCAUAUCCCCAGAAAAUGUCUACUCCCAGCUGCUGGCUGGUUACGCUGCUUCUCGCCACUUCAUCAGAGAACCUUUCUUGGGGUUCACCGACUCCCGCCAGUCGCCGUUCGCCACCUCCUCCGACCACUCCUCCUCAGAAACGGGAAGCCUGCGCUUCUCCACUCCGCCCGGGGAGCUGAUCGAAGGCGGCAGCGCGUCGGGGCGCAGCGGAAGCAGCACUCCUCACCUCCUGCGCGGACCGGGGCCCGGCCGGCCUCCCAGUUCGAAGGAGAAGCGUAACGACACCUGUGAGUACUGCGGCAAGGUGUUCAAGAACUGCAGCAAUCUGACAGUCCACCGGCGCAGCCACACGGGGGAGCGGCCGUACAAGUGCGACCUGUGCAGCUACGCCUGCGCCCAGAGCUCCAAGCUGACGCGUCACAUGAAGACCCACGGUCAGUUCGGGAAGGAGGUGUACCGAUGCGACAUUUGUCACAUGCCCUUCAGUGUCUACAGCACACUGGAGAAACACAUGAAGAAAUGGCAUGGUGAACAUUUGAUGGCCAGUGAGGUCAAACUGGAGCAAGCGGACAGAGGUUAAGCCACCAGCGAUAAGUUAUAAAGCAUAUGGCUUACAGUACACACACAUCUUCGCUCUCUCUUCACACACAAACACACACGCAAUACACACUUACAUGCACACAAAUCCUAUCACCACUUCUUCAGUGACGGGGCUUGGCUGGAUUAUCACUCUCUUGAAAAAUAGAAAAAACAAACAAAAAAAAAAAAUUAAGAUUGAUUGAUGUUUAUCAUUUUUUCUUGUCACACAAACUGCCACCUGAGAAUAUUACCAAAUGGAAACUUUAAUAACUUGUCCGAAAUGCUCAACUGGGUGUUUCAUGGCAAACAGUCUGAGGAUUUUAUCAGUUAGGAAUCUAUGGAGCCUUUCUACUGUGCAAUAAUUUCUGUAUUUAUUGGAUUUUUGUAAUGAUAUUUGGCAUGUGCAGGUAAAUCUUUGUGGGAUUUCAUAUGGAGUUAGUUUUGAAAUGUUAUAAAAAGAAUUUUUUUUUUUCUAAAAUGCUAUAACUGAGAAGACGUCCCCACGAAUACGAUGGUUUACUUUUUUUCUUUUUCCUUUAAGGAAGCUUGUUAUCCUGUGAGAGUAAAUUUGUGUGAAGCAGUUAGCUUUUAAAAGUUCUAAAAAAAAAAGGGAAAAACAAAACAAACAAACAAAAAAAAAAAAAAUUUGUUUUCUAUAUUACCUGCAGCAGCGGAUUACAAUCCAUUCCCUCAUACAGGCCUAAAGCACUGAAUGUCUGCCUGACAAUAAAACAUCCUUUCUGGAUUUUAAAAAUCCGACAUUGUCUUAGAGAUCUGGUAAGUUGGUGUUAAUUUAUUCAGGGAGCAUUGUCCUUUUUAAGAAAUGGCAAACAAAAAAAAAAAAAAAAAACAAAAAACAAAAAAAAAAGACAAACAUUGGAACAAUUUCAAAAUGCAGUUACUGUAUCGGUGUCCUUGCUGCAAAAAAGGACGUAAAUAAAAGGUUGCACUUAACAGAGAUACCCUUAAACUGAUGCUCAGUACAUUCCUAAUGUAGGAUUAAACCACCAUAUUUAAUAUGUUGAAUAAGUUAAGACUACUUGUGAUUAAUGUGAGAAUGGGAACAGUCCUUUUUAUGGUUUGUAAAUAUUCUUUUUUUUAUAUAUAUAUGUUAAAUUAGCCCUGACUGUAAAUGAAAGAUGGCCUAAAUCUACACAAUCAAAAGAAAAAAAAAACAACAACAAAAAAACCCAGCUGCUUACAUAUCUGACAUGUAACUACCAUCCUUUACUUUUCUUCAAUGAGCCCACCUCCAGUUCAGGUCAUUUGUUGAGCAAAAUUUGCUUUCCUGUCAAAACCGCCCCCUCCUGCGUCUGAUGUGGAACGACUCGGCGACCCGAGCUGACUUCCUGUAUCCCACGACGACCCCCCACCCCCAAAAAAAAACAACAACAAAAAACUGGUUCUCAACUGAAAUUAAACUCGCGUCCCUUCGUGCUCCGAGCUCCUCCAUCUCUCUGAUGGCGUCUUUCCACAGUCCACCGGCUCAGAUUCGUGCAGUAAACGGGAAGGCCGCUCAGGGGGGGCUUUAACUCCCCGUAGUAGAUUUUGAGACAGUGUGCCCUUACAGGUCUUUCGGGGAUUACGGGGACGGGUUUCCAUAUUUUCUGCAUCGUUCAUACUAAGAUGAGUCUGUUUGAACAAAAAAAAAAAAAAAGAAUGAAAAA